UCGUCUUGUUAAAUGAAAUUCGACGUUGUAUCUAUUUGCUUUGCUGUAAAAGGAGUUGAUUAUCUUCAGCUGUAGUAGACGUACCUAAUGCCUCAAAUACUGAAUAGCUUUAUGUCUAUUUACAGACGAGUUCAUAUCUCUGCGACUACUUUAUCUUUUCUGAACGGAGAGUUCGAAAUUGAACCGGCCUACGGCGAAAAGCGAGAGGAAGCUUUGCGAAUAGCUGGAUUAAAGACCUACUUCAUCGUCAGAGUUUUAAAACCCUUCCAACCUGAUGUUAAAUCAGAAAUUCAAAACGGAGGAAAAGUCAUUGCCGACGAAGAUAGUUGUGUUAUUGCCGAUUUAGCAUCUGAAUCACAGGAAGACACAACGGUAAAUGUUCACAUUUGUCUCAAAACUUAAGGUAUAAGGCUUAAAUUUUAGAUUAAAUUGUGUUACUGUUAAAGGAUGAGUUGUACAGACUGAAUGUGAAUGAAUUCAAUUAAUAGCUCUGUUUUGUAGGACAAUACACAUUUAGGUCUUGGUCGAAAAAGGGAAGGGUCUGAAGAUUUUAAAAGCAGAUUAAAAAAAGAGCUUGU